CAUUUACAAGCGGAAAGUUUUACAGUGUGCCCCUGGACAUUGCUAUUUGACCACAUACGAUGAAGAUUGUGAUACAAACAAUUACCAUCCUUUCCACGGUGACAUUAUGUGGAGCUGGAUGUAGUCCUUGUGAUUUUGAUCUGGUAACUGGGCCCUACGGUGUUUCUGACGAUGCACUAACAGCGUCCUCUACUCACGGCUCUUGUCCUAUACAAAGAGUGAGGUUUAGCAGUUCUCACGGUUGGUGUCCAGCGUAUACAGGAGACGGACACUAUAUACAGGUAGAAUUUCUAGCUGUUUCGACAUUGAAAGCCAUACAGACUCGUGGACGUGGAGAUCAUAAUCAAUGGGUGACGUUAUACAGUGUUAACACCAGCAUGGACGGACUUAACUGGAGUUCUAUAUUGAACGCUACAGGCAGUAUUAAG